CAUCAAGAUAUUCAGACCACUUUACUUUUUUGGCGGGAUUAUUGUCAAGGCUAGAAUUAGGUAACAGAAACAAAGUAGAAGAAAAUGUGGAGGCUGAGACUGUCUGAAGGGAAUGAUGCAUGGCUGAAAAACUCGAAUGAUCACACUGGACGACAGUUUUGGGAAUUUGAUCCAACUGCUGGAACAGCAGAAGAACGAGCGCUGGUAGAAAAGGCUCGUUCCAACUUUAAGGCCAGCCGGAAUGAGACGAAACACAGUUCUGAUCUCCUAAUGAGGAUUCAGUUUGCGAAGGAGAAUCCUAGUGAAGUAGAGUUGCCGCAGGUGAAGGUGGAUAGUGAAGAAGAGAUAACUGAGGAAACAACGGUGAUUACACUGAAACGAGCGAUGAGAUUUUACUCUAGUCUUCAAGCUGAGGAUGGGCACUGGCCUGGUGAUUAUGGUGGCCCUUUGUUUCUUCUGCCAGGCCUGAUUAUAGCCUUGUCGAUAAUGGACUCUCUGAACACUAUCCUCCCAGAAGAACAUCAGAAAGAGAUACGUCGUUAUCUCUAUAACCAUCAGAAUCCUGACGGAGGCUGGGGAUUGCAUAUAGAAGGGCGCAGCAGCAUGUUUUGCACGGCCCUCAAUUAUGUCAGCUUGCGGCUUCUAGGAGAAGGAGCGGACGGUGGAGAUGGAGCCAUGCACAAAGCUAGAACAUGGAUUCUUGAACGUGGCGGUGCCACCUAUACUCCUUCCUGGGGAAAGUUUUGGCUAUCGGUACUUGGGGUGUACGAAUGGGAGGGCAAUAAUCCUCUGCCCCCAGAGUUAUGGCUUCUUCCAUACUUUCUUCCAAUCCAUCCAGGGCGUAUGUGGUGUCACUGUCGGAUGGUGUACCUUCCCAUGUCGUAUUUAUACGGGAAGAGAUUUGUCGGGCCAAUUACUGAUAUUAUUCUCUCACUUCGGAAAGAGCUGUAUGCUCAAUCCUACCAUCAGAUUGACUGGGAUUUGGCCAGAAACCAAUGUUCUAAGGAGGAUUUAUACUUCCCACAUCCACUAUUACAAGACAUUCUAUGGAAAUGUCUGCACAAGUUUGUUGAACCUCUUCUCAUGCAAUGGCCUUUGUCUAAGCUGAGGCAUAGAGCACUAAGCACAGUGAUGAAACACAUCCAAUACGAGGAUGUAAACACCAAUUACCUCUGCCUCGGAGCUGUAGAUAAGGUACUCAACAUGCUAUGCUGCUGGAUCAAUAAUCCGAGUUCAAUGGCAGUCAAACGACAUCUUUCAAGAAUAAAGGAUUACCUAUGGGUAGCUGAAGAUGGAAUGAAGAUGAAGGGAUAUAAUGGGAGUCAGUUGUGGGAUGUAACUUUGGCUGUUCAAGCAAUAGUGGGAACCAACCUUCCUCAUGAAUAUGGUUCGACGCUUAAAAGGGCUCAUGAGUUCAUAAAAAAGUCACAGUUGAGAAAUGACAGUCCAGGAACUCCUGGUUCUUGGUAUCGCCACGGCUCAAAAGGUGGCUGGCCCUUUUCCACUGCAGACAACGGAUGGCCAGCGUUAGAUUGUACAGCAGAAGGCCUAAAGACAGCACUUAUACUGUCGCUUUUACCACCCGAGGUUGCUGGAGAAGCAUUAGAGCCAGAUAAGCUCUACAAUGCAGUUGACUUGAUUUUAUCCCUUCAGAAUAGUAGUGGAGGCUUUGCAUCAUAUGAGCUGACAAGAUCCUAUGCUUGGUUGGAGAUGAUUAAUCCGGUACAAACAUUCGGGGAUAUCAUGAUUGACUACCAGCAUGCGGAGUGCACGUCUGCAGCAAUUCAAGGCUUGAAAAUGUUCAACAGACUGCAUCCAGGAUGUCGAGGAAAAGACAUACAGACAUGCAUUAAGAAAGCACUGAACUUCAUCGAAAGCACACAAUUAUCUGAUGGCUCAUGGUAUGGAUCUUGGGGAGUAUGCUACACCUACGGGACAUGGUUUGGUAUAACAGGGCUAAUUGCAGGUGGUAAGACAUAUGAAAACAGCCUCUCUGUUAGAAAAGCAUGUGAUUUUCUGCUGUCAAAGCAGCUUCCUUCUGGUGGCUGGGGAGAAAGCUAUCUUUCAAGCCAAGACAAGCAGGUAUACACAAAUAUUAGGAACAACAAAUCACAUAUUGUGAACACUGCAUGGGCUAUGCUGGCUCUUCUUGAAGCAGGGCAAGCUAGGCGGGAUCCCAAUCCACUGCACCGUGCUGCUAAAGUGCUGAUUAAUUCCCAAAUGGGGAACGGAGACUUUCCACAACAGGAAAUUCUAGGGGUAUUCAACAGAAACUGCAUGAUAAGCUACUCUGCUUACAGAAACAUUUUCCCCAUAUGGGCCCUUGGAGUUUACCUCAACAAGGUGCUGUGGGCAUGAAGGAAUAGAGUCAAUAGACUAUGUAAAUGAAGAGAAAUCGAAUUAUCCACUAAUGUUCCUGCGAUGUAAGCACAAGAGCGAUCGAUUUGAAUUAAUAGUGGAUGCAAAUCUUGGGAUUAAUGACCAUCCCCACUAGUACGGCAAUUUGAUCAUUUUUUCAUCUACACUUUCCAAAGGUUCCAAACCAAACCAUCUCAAGAUGAAGUCUAGAGGAAAAUACUUGCUGGCAACUUCUUUUUCUUGAACCAAAUGUAUGGAAUCACUUCAACCCAAAUAAAUAAGAGAACAAAAAAGAAUCGA